AUGGCAUGGGAGAAACCCAUCAUCUGGGCGUUUUCUAUAACGCUCGCUAUCACAUACAUUGCAGCUUCUGUGGCUGUAUUCAUAGAGUGUCGACCAUUCGAACUUUGGUGGCAGGUCGAUCCUGAUCCUGGACAAUGUGUUCAAGGAAAUCUUUGGCUCAUCACAUACGAAAUCGGUAAUAUGAUAACCGACGUCAUGUUAAUUGCCGUUCCGUUUCCACUUGUCUUCAAGGCCAAAAUUCCACUUGCGAGACGCCUCCAACUCUGUGGCCUCUUCUCCCUCGGAUUCUUCCUAGUCGCUAUAUGUGUUCCCCGUCUUAUUCAAGGAACAAACCACUCUCGUGUUCAACUUUCUCGCACAUUGUGGGCUUCUAUCGAAACGCUCUUUGCUAGUAUCGUAGCUAUGGUACCUACGAUAUACGUACUAUACCGCCGUGGUGACGAGAGCUCAUAUUAUCUCUCUUCUACCGGACCCAAGAGCGGGCUUACCGGCGGCACUGGCGGCAAAAGCUACAUCCGAAGUCAUGUUCCGCCGAACUCGACAAUCAUCAGCACGCACUGCGCGAGAGAGGAAGAUCAUGAGCUGGAAGACCUUGAAAGAGGGGACGCCCAAAGCGACAACACUAGUAUCAAAGGCAUCUUAGUGAAGACCACCAUUCAAACAAGUGAGAGUAUAAAAGAGGUGGACGGUUCCGAGAAAAGUAUAAAUGUUGGAGGGGCCCUUCGGCCUUCGAGGUUAGCUGGAGCAUUAGAGCUUCUAGUUCUCGACAACUUGUCGGGCAGAAUGUCGCUGCGACCCGGAAUUUUGCGAAUUGGGCGUCGCAAUCUGCCAUAUUCCAAGUCUCCGUUUCUGCGAAGCAAUGUCCGCUCUUAUAUAGUCGGAAACCGUGUCGAAACAGUAUUCAAACAUCCAAAUCCCAAACGAGAUUCCAACGCUCCACCGCCUCGGACCGAUAGCGUGGAAGACGACUGGCUUUUAUCAACUAAACGUAGGGUCGCAAAAUGCCUGACAUACGGGACGACUCCAAAGGAACAAGAAGCUGCCGCGCAGAUUUUAAAGCAAUUGAAUACAGAAAGUCUAUGGCGAUCCUAUCUGGAUAGGUUCCCGUCUACGGACCUAGCAUUUGGACUUCGCGGUUUCAGGCCAUCGGUGGAUGAAUUUGAUUCAGAAAGUAAUGCUUGGGUGGAUUAUAUGAUUGAAAGAUCUGUCAAGGUCUGGCUAACUAACCUCAAGAACCACUUAUGGGAAGAUCAAACAAAGGCAUCUGGUUCAGAGCUAAACGACCAGUGGCUCGAUCGCCUUGACUUGGUCGAAAAACAGUCUUCCUAUCGAAUUAGGCCAGAGCCGAAUGACAAAUUUAGCAUCCUUCACAGAAUUUCAUCGUGCUAUCCCUAUGAAAUGAAAGUCGGUUCGAUCUUGAUAUCUGAGAAACACCGGUUUACGGUUGCGAAAAGCCAGCACCAUUACUACUGGAGAGAUGACUUGAAAGCACCAUCGAUCACAAACCCUUAUGCACAGGGGUCUCCAGGCAAGUUCCCAGAGUAUGUGGUCUCCAUGCUAGAUAAAUAUUAUCUGCACCAACAUCCCUACGUACAGACCCCUUAUGGUCGUCUGGAAAUAGAAGAGGCUGUUGCGGUGCUUGAAGAAUGUUAUCAGCGUCCAGAGGAUCUGGGCAGUGCCUCUAAACCGGCAACUUCGACAUAG